UCCCGAACUACAUUUCCCAGAAGGCAUUUCGCCCGCGGAGGGUAGCUUGGCUUUAGAGGCCCGCGGGGUCCUCGCAGCCGCCGCAGCCGCCACCGCCGCCGCCAGGGAGGCUGGGAGGCGGAGCGGUCCACUGAGUUGUCUCGAGAGCCCCCUGGGUGGCUCGCGGGAAAGACUUGAUCUCCAUCACGACCAGUGGACCACCUCGCCGCCGUCAUGGCGCCCACCAUCCAGACCCAGGCCCAGCGGGAAGACGGCCACAGACCUAAUUCCCAUAGGACUUUGCCGGAGAGGUCCGGUGUGGUCUGUCGAGUCAAGUACUGUAACAGUCUUCCAGAUAUCCCUUUUGACCCCAAGUUUAUCACAUAUCCCUUUGACCAGAACAGGUUCGUCCAGUAUAAGGCAACGUCUCUUGAAAAACAGCACAAGCACGACCUGCUUACAGAGCCAGACCUGGGAGUCACUAUCGAUCUCAUCAACCCUGACACCUACCGAAUCGAUCCCAAUGUUCUCCUAGAUCCAGCAGAUGAAAAAUUACUUGAAGAAGAGAUCCAGGCCCCAACCAGUUCCAAAAGGUCCCAGCAGCAUGCAAAGGUGGUACCCUGGAUGAGAAAGACAGAAUAUAUCUCCACAGAAUUCAACCGUUACGGCAUCUCCAAUGAGAAGCCUGAAGUCAAGAUUGGGGUAUCUGUGAAGCAGCAGUUCACAGAGGAAGAGAUCUAUAAAGAUCGAGACAGCCAGAUCACGGCCAUUGAGAAGACGUUUGAGGAUGCCCAGAAGUCGAUUUCUCAGCACUACAGCAAGCCCAGGGUGACACCUGUCGAGGUGAUGCCUGUUUUCCCAGACUUCAAGAUGUGGAUCAAUCCCUGUGCCCAGGUGAUCUUUGAUUCAGACCCAGCCCCCAAAGAUACCAGUGGUUCUGCAGCCCUGGAGAUGAUGUCUCAAGCCAUGAUCAGGGGAAUGAUGGAUGAGGAGGGCAACCAGUUUGUAGCUUACUUUCUGCCAGUGGAAGAGACCAUGAGGAAGCGCAAGCGUGACCAAGAAGAGGAGAUGGAUUAUGCCCCAGAUGAUGUCUAUGAUUAUAAGAUUGCGAGGGAGUACAACUGGAACGUAAAGAACAAGGCUAGCAAAGGCUAUGAAGAAAACUACUUCUUCAUCUUCCGAGAAGGAGAUGGAGUCUACUACAAUGAGCUGGAGACCAGGGUUCGCCUCAGCAAACGUCGGGCCAAGGCUGGAGUGCAGUCAGGCACCAAUGCCUUGCUUGUGGUCAAACACCGAGACAUGAAUGAGAAAGAGCUGGAAGCUCAGGAAGCUCGGAAGGCCCAGCUGGAGAACCAUGAGCCAGAAGAGGAGGAAGAGGAGGAGCUGGAGAUGGAGAAAGAGGCCCCAGGCUCAGAUGAAGAACGAGAAAAAGGAAGCGGCAGUGAAAAGGAGGCCAGUGAGGAGGAAGAGGAGGAGCGGUCAGGCAGUGAGAGUGAGCGGGGAGAAGAGGAGAAGGAGAGCGAGAAGAGUGGGAGUGGGGAAGAUGAACCUGAAGAAGAGAGCAGCGAAGAUGAAGCCCGGGCGGCCCGAGACAAAGAAGAAAUCUUUGGAAGCGAUGCGGACUCAGAGGAAGACGAGGAGGAGGAAGAAGAGGAAGAAGAUGGAGGGGGGCAAGCAGGGGGCAGUGGGGAGGACGAGGACGAGGAGAGUGGCAGUGAGGGAGAGCCUGGGCGGCGCAGCCGAAGCCGUAGCCACAGCCGCAGCCAUAGUCCCAGCCGAAGCCCUAGCCCCAGCCCUUCCUUCCUCAGUGCCAGUGACCAUUCAGCUCAAGAGGAUGGCAGUGAAGGGGGCGCUUCUGACUCCAGUGAGGAAGCCAGUGAUAGUGACUGAGGCUCAGUGGCCUAACACAGGCUGCCUAACUGGCCAAGAGGGGCUGGGCCUCUCUAGCUCAGGCACCAUUCUCAGGACAAAAGGAAAAUACCCAUUUCUUUUCUUUUUUAAAAUUUGCUGUCAAUAAAGGCAAUAUGUUUAUAAGUUGAAA